UUGUAGCUCAUUUGCCCCUUGGACGGGAACUCUUACCAGCCACAUUCCAUUACAUGUAUUAAUGAGAUGAAAAAGGGGUUUAUUUAGCAGUUGUGUUGUAUACAAGCUGCCACCAGCAUGACAGGAUUGACUGAUUACAUCUUAUUAAAUAUGGAUGUGGGCUUCACUGAGAGCAAUAAGUAAACACGGCAGUCGUUUCCUCUUGUCCUUUGUCUCUGCCUGUGUGUGUGUGUGUGUCUCUGUCUCCGUGUGUGUCUGUCUGCGUGUGUGUCUCCCUCCACGCCUCAGCACAGCACCAGUUGCCUUUCUUUGCAGAAGCUGCAGCAGCUGUACGCACACACACACACACACACACGAUGAUCUCCCUCUCACUCCGGAAACCUUAUGUUCUUAACAAGACUGUGAAGAUUCUGCAGAAACCAUGGAUAAAACGGACAGGAUUACCUGCAGCCACUCGCGGCAUCCACGUGGACUCUCCCCCCAUCAUCCCAACUCUCACCACCAGUUAUGCCCACGGCACCUCGUCCACAUCGUUGCUGCACACCACAAUAGCGGAGUCUCUUCUCAGGACGGUGGAGCGCUUUCCUGACAGAGAGGCCAUGGCCUUUCUACAAGACGGAGUCCGUAAAACGUUUGCACAGUUCCAGCACGAUGUGGACAAGCUUGCAGCUGGACUGCUGGCGACUGGGCUGAACAAAGGCGACAGGCUCGGCAUGUGGGGGCCCAACACGUAUGAAUGGAUGUUGUUCCAGUUCGCCACAGCCAAAGCUGGCAUUAUCCUGGUGGCUUUGAACCCAGCAUACCAGCUGCAGGAGGUGGAGUUUGUCUUGCACAAGGUCGGGUGUAAAGCCGUCGCGUGUCCCACACAGUUUAAGACUCAGAAGUUCUGUAACAUUCUGCAACAAAUAUGCCCAGAGAUCGAAGCGUCCAGCCCCAUGGACAUCAGGAGUGCCAGACUUCCAGAUCUUCGCACUGUGAUUGUUUUAGAUAGUCGACAGCCUGGAAUGCUUCACAUGGACGACGUCAUGCAGGCUGGCAGCAGUCAGUACGUGCAGCAGCUGCAGGAUCUGCAGAAGAAGAUCUCCUCUGACGAUCCAAUAAACAUCCAGUUCACUUCGGGCACAACUGGAUACCCAAAGGGUGCCACGUUGUCUCAUCACAACAUUGUCAACAAUGCUUACUUUGUUGGCAAGAGAACGGGAUACACCUGGAGGCCUCACACUCGAAUCUGUCUGCCUGUGCCGAUGUACCACUGCUUUGGCUCUGUGGGUGGUGGGUUAUGUAUGGCCAUUCAUGGCGUCUCCCUUGUCUUUCCCUCCCAAGGGUACGAUGGAAGAGCCAACUUAGCAGCUAUGGAGAGCGAACGGUGUACCUUCAUCUAUGGCACCCCCACCAUGUAUGUGGACAUGAUUAACCAGCCAGACUUUGCUAAGUUUGAUCUUUCAUCAGUGAAAACGGGCAUCAUGGCUGGUUCCCCAUGUCCUCCAGAACUCGUGAGGCAAGUGUUCUCUGUCAUGGGCAUCAAGGAAAUAACUGUUGGUUAUGGGACCACGGAGAACAGCCCUGUGACGUUCUGCGCCUCCCCGACGGACAACAUGGAGAGGAAGAGCGAGACCGUCGGCUUCAUUAUGGACCACGUCGAGGCUAAAAUAGUGAACCCUUCCACUGGAGAGGUGGUACCUCUGGGAACGACAGGAGAGAUAAUGAUCAGAGGAUACUGUGUGAUGCUGGAGUACUGGAAUGACAAAGAGAAAACAAUGGAGUGCAUCGGUAAAGACGGCUGGUACAAAACUGGAGACAUUGGCAGCAUGGACGGGUACAGCUACUGUCGCAUUCAGGGCCGCAUCAAGGACAUGAUCAUCAGAGGAGGAGAGAACAUUUACCCAGCUGAGAUUGAACAGUUCCUGCACACACACCCCAAAGUGAAGGAAGUGCAGGUGGUUGGAGUGAGGGAUGCUCGUAUGGGUGAAGAAGUCUGUGCCUGUGUCAUCCUGGCGGAAGGACAGGACUGUACUGUAGAAGAUAUCAAAGCUUUCUGCAAGGACAAGAUUGCUCACUUCAAGAUCCCUCGCUACGUACUUUUUGAAACGAGCUUCCCACUCACCAUGACUGGAAAGAUCCAGAAGUAUAAACUGUCUGAGGUGGCCGAGGAGAAGCUGGGGCUGAAGAAAGAAAAAUGAGGAGCGCUGCUCUUGUAUGGGCAGAAUGAAAUUACUGUGAACCGUGUACCCCAAACAAUAAUUAUUAUUACAUACCAAGCUGUAGAGAAGCUUAAAGACAUUUAGUCAUGUCAUGUAUUUUUCUCACAGCCGACGGAUGUACAUGUAAACCUUUGAUUAAUCAGUCUUACAAAUAAUACACUUACAGUAUUUUGUUUUAAAAUAAUUUGAACUAUCUGCCUUUUUUGUAAUUUCUUUUCCAUUUGAAGCUUUAGAUCUUCACUGGGAAACUUGGUUUUGGAGCUUAGCGUCUCACGUACUGGGGGAGUUCUUUUUUUAUAUUAUUGUGAGGAUGAGAUUUAUUGAAACAAUAAAAAAUAAAGAAUAACACCAGA